GAGAGCGAGAGAGAGAGAGAGAGAGAGAGAGAACAAGAGGACAACUACUGGUUGCUCACAGACACUCAAGCUCAAGGAGGGGAUAGACAGCCUGCCUUAUGUGUGGCUCUUCUCUAGGCUUCACAGCCUCCUCCUCUGAGUACAACAAAGCCAUGUUAACGUCAGAAAGAUCAUCACAGAGCAGAGGGCUCAGCAGUGCAGCGAUGCCAGGGACAGAGGAUGUCGACAUGACGUUGUGGAGGGAGGCAGACUUUGAGGAGAAGUGCACUUACAUCGUGAAGGACCAGCCUCUGGAAGAAGAGUCUGAAAAUCACAGAAAGACACAAGCGGAGAGAUCCUUACCCAGAAACCUGACUCUGAAACGCUGCCACAACUCAACAGAGGUGCUCGGCGUGUCCAGCAAGGAGCUGAUUCCUAAGGGCACACGUUUCGGCCCUCUGGUAGGGGAGAGUUACACCAACGAAACCCUGCCCAAAGACGCUGACAGAAAGUACUUCUGGAGGGUCUUCUCGGAGGGACACUUACACCACAUUCUGGAUGGUCUGAACGAGGAGCGAAGCAACUGGAUGCGUUAUGUGAAUCCAGCGUGCACUGUGGAGGAGCAGAAUCUGGUCGCAUGCCAGAGUGGCUUGGACAUUUUCUUCUACACAAUCAAGCCACUACGGCCAGGCCAGGAGCUUCUGGUGUGGUACUGCCCUGAGUUUGCCCGCCGGUGUGGCUACCCUCCGCUUGGACAGCUGGUUGUCGAGAAUAUCGAUCAAAGACAGGCUUCUGAGAAGACAACAGGAAAACGAGGACACAGUGUUUCUGAAAUCCUCAGAGAAGAGCCCUCCAAAUCACACUCUACCUGUCCGACACAUCUAGAAAGUGGUCCUGUGCCUCAAACCAAUGCCUCAGCAAUCUAUCCCAUGUGUCCUCAUGUUGUCUACCCAGUCAAACCGAUCUCAGACUCUAUCCAAAGCCUUAGAUGUGCACCUCUGCCAUCUAUACCAUCCUACAGCCCCCCAGCUGCCAAAAGACCAGCAUUGAAUAGUCCUGUCCCCUCCGGUGUGCACUUCACUUUUCAGCACAAUCAAAGCCCUGUCAUAGCCAAAGCUUAUCAAGAGCCCAUUGUGUUUGAUCAUGCUCAUCCUGCUCUGAGGCACAGUCCUUAUCUCCUGCCUCCCUACUCACUCAGCCUCCUACCUCAUUCAUACCCAUUCUACAGUGAUCAAUUGAAACCUCACUUUGCCCUCUCAUCCCAUUUACUACCUUUUGACAACUAUGCACGUUUUCUACAUCCCCUGGCCAACAGAUGCAAAGACUUUACGCUUGGUUCUGCUCAUACCAAACAAGAACUUAUUCCUUCGCCAACUAGUGAGUACAAAGACGACAAAGACCUCAUGUCCAAAAGGACAAACUAUCUCAGGAUCCCCUGCCAUGACCUCAGAGAUUACAAGCGCUCUUCUACCAGUCAUAUUCCUGCAGACCUCACUGUACCUGCCACACAUUGUGCCUCGUCCAUGGUAACAGAGCGCAAAGGAGCACUGCCUUCUCUUGCUCCUGGAGGAUGCUCACCACCAGUGGGAGUGGGCGCCUCGUCGGACUGCCACCCAUCCAAACCUACCUCUGCCACACAAAGCAACACUCAGGAUGCAAUGGACCUCAGGAAGAAACGAGGGGGGCAGUACAUUGGCUACAAGACCCUGUCCUACCCACUCAUCAGGCAGAAUGGGAAGAUCCGAUAUGAGUGCAACAUCUGCGGAAAGGUGUUUGGGCAGCUGUCAAACCUCAAGGUCCAUCUGCGAGUACACAGUGGUGAGCGUCCCUUCAGGUGUCAGACUUGCAACAAGAACUUCACUCAGUUGGCUCACCUGCAGAAACACUACCUGGUUCACACAGGAGAGAAACCCCAUGAAUGCAAGGUGUGCCACAAGCGAUUCAGCAGCACUAGCAACUUGAAGACCCACCAGCGUUUACACUCAGGUGAAAGGCCAUACCAAUGCAAGCUCUGCCCAGCUCGGUUCACUCAGUUCAUCCACCUGAAGCUCCACAAACGGCUUCACAGUGGGGAGCGACCGCAUCGCUGUCCUCGCUGUCCUUGUGCCUAUCUCCACUACUGCAGCCUGCAGGUGCAUCUCCAGGGCUUCUGCCCUCUGUCUCCCUCAGCGUCCCGCAGACACUCACCAGAGGAGCUACAUGGAGUCAACACAGAGAUUGAAAGGUUUGACUUGAGUGAAGCUGCAGAGCAGCUGGAAGCCAUGGCAGCAGAGGUAGAGAUGGACAAUGGGAUUGUUAUCGAACUAAUACAGAAGAUAGAAACUCGUGUUUCCGGCCACCUGGAUGGUGGCAGAGGAGAACCUAAGCUGAAGAUGUACAAAUCAGAAAAUCAGUGUUCUGGCGUUGUGCAGCAUCAUGACAGUCCUCUACCUCUGCACUCAUCCAGCAUCAAGCUGGAGUCAGGCUGCAUAUCAGAGUCCUAAGACAGCCUUGCUAAUCCAUCCAUAUAAUCCUUACAGGUCAACUCAGCAGCUGUCCGUUACUGCCCUAUUUGAAGUAAAGCCUUAUCUCAAUCAUGGAUUGCCUAGCUUAUACUGUAAAGAGAGAAGAGCUCAUGAAGAACCAAGACUUUACCAGCAUGGCCUGGGACCAGUAUUUUCUAUUUUUGAUUUGAUGUAUGCAUUUUUCUAAUUUAUUAAUUCUGUCAUUUUUACAUAAAUUGCAUCUCAUGACACAUAUGACAUUUUUCUUUUGUAUCUAUGAAUUAUCUUGGUGUAAAAACAAGUAAAUACAUGAUUAUGUAUGGAAGAUAAUUGCUUUUAUUUGUGGUUUUGCUGUGUGAGAAAGACAUUCUGUUUGUUUACACUUGCGUAAUUAUGUCUCCUGAUUAAAGUGACAAUCACUGACCAAACAAGACUGUGUAGUGGAAGUGGACGAAC